GGAGAGGUAGUCUACGGCCGGCGGUUAGGUGAGCGCGAGAGCGGUCGGAGUGUCUCCUGCUGGGGCGGAUCAGCUCCCCCUCGUACCGGAUCAUUGUUUUUUCCCUGCGUGGCAAGCUGCCUUCAGAUAAUGUACAAUGGGACUACAAAUUCAUUUUGUGAUUGACCCGCAGGGGUGGUGCUGCAUGGGCAUGAUUAUCUUCGUCUGGCUUUACAACACACUCUUUAUUCCCCAAAUUAUCCUCUUUCCUCACUAUGAAGAGGGACAUACUUCAGCUGCAGCGAUAUUGUGCUACUACUUAGUCUCAUUGUUUUGUAUAGUUUCGUUAUUGAGAGCCUCCAUAGCUGAUCCAGGAAAACUACCUGAAAGGCCAAAGAUACCACUCACAGAACGAGAAUUUUGGGAACUAUGUAAUAAAUGUAAUAUGAUGAGACCAAAGCGAUCCCAUCACUGCAGUCGCUGUGGACACUGUGUUAGAAGGAUGGAUCACCACUGUCCGUGGAUUAACAAUUGUGUUGGUGAAGACAAUCAUUGGCUGUUUCUGCAGCUAUGUUUCUACACUCAGCUUCUUAGUUCCUAUACAUUGAUACUUGAUUUCUGCCACUACUAUUAUUUUCUACCUCUGAAAAAAGUUAACUGGGAUCUCUUUGUAUUUAGACAUGAACUUGCCUUGCUAAGGAUAUCGACCUUCAUGGGCAUAAUAAUGUUAGGUGGAAUAAGUGGACUCUUUUACACUCAGCUAAUGGGUAUUUUCACUGAUACAACAAGUAUAGAAAAAAUGUCAAACUGUUGUGAAGAAAUAUCAAGGCCCCGAAAGCCAUGGCAGCAAACCUUCUCAGAAGUUUUUGGCACUCGCUGGAAGAUCCUGUGGUUUAUUCCUUUCAGGCAGAGGCAACCACUGCGAAUUCCCUACCACUUUGCCAAUCAUGUCUAAACAGAUGGAUGGUGGGCACAGAUGGGUCCUCCAUGCUGGAAGACUGGAAGGGACUUCGAGAGGUCAUCUAGUCCAGUCUCCUGCACUCAUGUUUGUUGGCAUCCUUUCAUCUGCGAGAGAUGGUGGGAAUUGCAGCCUAUGAUGUAGAUGGUUUGAAAUGUCUCACGUGACUGAAUAGUCCAAUCCGAGAUUUGCAUGAUCUUUGGCAGUUAUUGCAAAUGUAUGUAUCUUGGUUGGGAGCUGCUUGUUUCCUAUAGGCUCUUUUCUCUUCAGCUGUAGGAACCAGCUUCUGUCAUGGACCCUGAUACCCUGAUGGAGACGAUGGCGCCACUUGUUACGAUAACUUGCCAAGAUUUCCCAUUGGUCAGGAUCAACUCCAAAUUCCUCCAUAUCUCUCUUGCAUGUGCCCUUAUAGCAAAGCUUGGGACGUCCUGUUGUUCUUGUUCCCUCUGAUAGCUCCCCGUAUAGCAUGUCCUUGAGUAUGCGCCCGUCGUCCAACCUACUCAGAUGGCCCAGCCAGCACAGUUGUCUUUGCUUGAGCAGGGCUGUCACACUUGGUAAAUUUGCCCUUCGAAGAACCUCCGUGUUGGUGACUUUAUCCUGCCAUUUGGUGUUGAGUAUGCGGCGUAAACAACAUAGGUGGAAACUGUUUAACCUUUUCUCUUGAUGAGCAUAAAUUGUCCAUGAUUCCCCACCAUACAUGAGAGUGGUGAGGACGCAAGCUUGGUACACUAGCAUUUUGGUCUUGAUGGUAAGCUUUGAGUUGUUCCAUGCUCUUUUAGUUAGUCUGCUAAAGGUGGUAGAAGCCUUUCCAAUGCGAACAUUUAGUUCUUUAUCCAGUGAAAGGUUGGUGUCACUGUAGAACCUAAAUAGCUGAACUCUUGGACUACUUCUAGCUGGUUUGCAUUUAAAGUAAUUGAAGGGUCUUGUGGAACUCCCUGUCCUAAUACAUCUGUUUUAUUGAUGCUGAUGGUAAAAGCAAAUGCCUCACAGGGACUUGAAAGGCAGUCCAUGAGUUCUUGUAGUAGAUCUUCAUUGUGGCCUAUGAGGGCAGCAUCAUCAGUGAAUAGAAGUUCCCUGAUUAGCACCUUUUUGACUUUGGUCUUUGACUUAAGUUGGGACAGGUUGAAGAGUUUCCCAUCUGAUCUUGUGUGGAGAUACUCUCCAUCUUUCAUGUCCUUAAACACACAGUUCAAUAGAACAGAGAAGAAGAUUCCAAAGAGCGUAGGGGCAAGAACACAUCCUUGCUUCACUCCACUUUUCAUCUCAAAGCUGUCCGAAGUGGACCCAUCAAACUGGACAGUUGCUCUCAUGUUGUUGUGGAAUGAACAUAUAAGACUUAACAGGUUGGUGGGCAUCCUAUCUUUUCUAGUAUUGCAAAUGCGUAUUGGCAUUCAUGGCAGGACUAAGUAUUAUCUAGACCAUCCCUGACAGGUGUUUGUCUAACCUGCUCUUAAAAAUCCCCAGUGAUGGAGAUUCCACAACCUCCCUAGGCAAUUUAUUUCAGUGCUUAACCACCCUGACAGGAAGUUUUUCCUAAUGUCCAACCUAAACCUCCCUUGCUGCAAUUUAAGCCCAUUGCUUUUUGUCCUGUCCUCAAAGGUUAAGGAGAACAACUUUUCUCCCUCCUCCUUGUAACAGCCCUUUAUGUACUUGAAAGCUGUUAUCAUGUCCACUCUGUCUUCUCUUUUCCAGACUAAAUAAACCCAAUUUUUUUCAAUCUUCCUUCAUAGAUCAUGUUUUUAUACCUUUUAAUCAUUUUUGUUGUUGUUCUCUGAACUUUCUAUAAUUUAAUCCACAUCUUUCCUGAAAUGUGGCGCCCAGAACUGGACACAGUACUCCAGUUGAGGCCUAAUCAGUGCAGAGUAGAGUGGAAGAACUACUUCUCGUAUCUUGCUUACAACACUCCUGCUAAUACAUCCCGGAAUGAUGUUCACUUUUUUUGCAACAGCGUUACACUGUUGACUCAUAUUUAGCUUGUGGUCCACUAUGACAACCAGAUCUCUUUCCACAGUACUCCUUCCUAGGCAGUCAUUUCCCAUUUUGUAUGUGUGCAACUAAUUGUUCCUUUCUAAGUGGAGUAAUUUGCAUUUGUCCUUAUUCAGUUUCAUUCUAUUUACUUCAGACCAUUUCUCCAGUUUGUUCAGAUCAUUUUGAAUUAUAAUCCUAUCAUCCAAAGCACUUGCAACCCCUCCCAGUUUGGUAUCAUUCACUAACUUUAUAAGUGUACUCUCUAUGCCACUAUCUAAACAAUUGAUGAAUAUAUUGAACGGAACCAGACCCAGAACUGAUCCCUGCGGGACCCCACUAAUUAUGCUCUUCCAGCAUGACUGAACCACUGAUAACUACUCCGUGGGAAUGGUUUUCCAACCAGUUAUGCACCCACCUUAUAGUAUCUCCAUUGAGGUUGCAUUUCCCUAGUUUGUUUAUGGGAACGUCGUGCGAGACAAUAUCAAAAGCUUUACUAAAGUCAAGAUAUACCACGUCUACUGCUUCCCCCCAUCCACAAGGCUUGUAACCCUGUCAAAGAAAGCUAUCAGGUUGGUUUGACAUGAUUUGUUCUUGACAAUUCCAUGCUGACUGUAACUUAUCACCUUACAAUCUUCUAGAUGUUUAAAAAUUGACUGCUUAAUUAUUUCCUCCAUUAUCUUUCUGGGUACAGAAGUUAAGCUGACUAGUCUGUAAUUCCCCAGGUUGUUCUUAUUUCCCUUUUUAUAGAUUGGCACUAUAUUUGCCCUUUUCCAGUCCUCUGGAACCUCUCCUGUCUUCCAUGACUUUUCAAAGAUAAUCGCUAAUGGCUCAGAUAUCUCAGUCAGCUCCUUUAGUAUUCUAGGAUGCAUUUAAUCAGACCCUGGUGACUUGAAGACAUCUAACUUGUCUAAGCAAUUUUUAACUUGUUUUUUCCCUAUUUUAGCCUCUGAUCUUACCUCAUUUUCACUGGCAUUCACUAUGUUAGACGUUCAAUCACCACCAACCUUCUUGGUGAAAACUGAAACAAAGAUGUCAUUAAGCACCUCUGCCAUUGCCACAUUUUGUUACUGUUUCCCACCCCCCAUUGAGUCUUCCUCUUGCUUCUAAUGUAUUUGUUUUCUUGUUACCUUUUAUGUCUCUGACUAAUUUGAUCUCGUUUUGUGCCUUGGCCUUUCUAAUUUUGUCCCUACGUACUUGUGUUGUUUGUUUAUAUUUAUCCUUUGUAAUUUGACUUGGUUUCCACUUUUUGUAGGACUCUUUUUUUUUUAUUUUUAGUUCAUUUAAUAUCUCCUGGUUAAGCCAGGGUGGUCUCUUGCCAUACUUCCUAUCUUUCCUAUGAAGUAGGAAAUGUAUCCAUCUCAUCUCAGCACGCAUUACAGUUUCAGGAGUGGAUUGGGAUAGAAGCAGAAGAGGAACUGGUUGCUAAAGGGCUAUAAUUUUGUAAAGCGUGCAGACUGCUUAUAUUGUUCUCUGCAAAAUCUUUGAAAGCUUAACAAAAAAUUCCAGAUGUGUAGAAGAAAUUGCCAUCUGUAUAGCUUUAGCCAAUGAUAUUGUUACUGGCCACUAUUUUCUCUCUCUUCGCCAAUAAAACACAGAUCUGAUCUCUUUAGAAAUCCAUCUAAAAAUGAUGGAAAGCCAUACAUAAUGUUAAAUCAGACAAUCCAUUAACUAAUAAGGAAUAUUUACUUCAGUUACCAGGAGGUAACAAAUGCAUGUUCAGAACGGCACCAGGCAGACAAUCAAAGCAAAACAUGUUUAAAUUUGUUCAAAAUCAAACCACUAAAAGUAAUCCAUUUCACUGUUGAAUAUAGAUACAAUAUUAGGCUUUGAAAUUAUUAUAAAAACAUUUUGUAACUGAAAAAAUACAACAUUGAAACUACUUCUGUCUUCACAGAUUGAAUUAAUCAAAUUAUCAAAGUAAUCUGUCUGAAAAUACACCGAUUACAAGAGGUAAUUUCAGUACUGUUCAAAGAUAUUUGAAAACCAAAUGAAAUGCAAUAGAUGCCUGAUCUGUAUGUUGUUUAAAUCAAAAUAGUAUUGUCAUUGUAAACAAUAUACUGUAAAUUAAGCACUGUAAAUGUUUAAUUUUUGUGUGUGUAGUUCAGGUUGAAGAUAGUUAAGAGUGCAGAAUACAUACUGGCAGUUGUUCCCUGUCUUUAUAAAAGGGAAAAUAGUCAUUUCUCUUGGAUUAAGGCUAAUUAUGAUCUGGACUGGUCAAAAUGGCAAGAUUUCAAAACCUUUUGGGGUCAGGGGAUGGUGCUGUUUAUAUUUAAAAAAAAAUUUGUGUGUGUGUGCAGACAGUGCUGUUGGACAGAGUUAGUAGAGCUGCCUUCAAAUCCCAAAUCAGCCAUUUUGUUCUGUUAUGCCUUUAUCCCGUACUGGAUAUUUUAAAAAGCAUCCUCUUUCAAAACACUAAAAACUAACAGGAGUACUUGUGGCACCUUAGAGACUAACAAAUUUGUUAGUCUCUAAGGUGCCACAAGUACUCCUGUUCUUUUUGCGGAUACAAACUAACAUGGCUGCUACUCUGAAUCCUAAAACUAGUACAAUGUAGCUGAGCAUUUCAGACAAUAAGAGCCUGAUUCAGCAGAUACUUAAGCAUAUGGCUACCUUGAAGCGCAUGAGUAGUCCCUUGCUGAACUAGAACCUAAGGUUCAAAAUCUGCUCUGUUGCUCCCAUUAACUUCAGUAGAGUUCUCCCUGUAUACCUCUUAAGUAUAAUUUGGACCUAAAGUAGAAUAUACACUUCUCAAGUUAUACAGGAAAUCUGAGGCAAAGUUCAUGAUAUGUGCACAUUUGAGGGAAAAAUCAAUAUUUUUCUGAAUAUACGUAAACUAAUUUUCCCAGGUCUACAAUACAGAAGAUUAUAUAGAUACUCUGUCUCCUUAAUGGUUUUCAACCUAAGUGCCAUAAAAAAAUAUAUUCUGUAGCCAUCGAUAUCAAAUUUUGUAAUUUAGGCUUUCUGAAUUUUGUAAUUCACUUAAUCUGCAUGUUGUUGUUUUUUAUUGUUUUGUUCUCUAUUUUACCUUGACUGUUUCCAGUUACUUUAAUACUGUUUACAUUAGAUAUGUUGAGAAUGACUAGUGCUGAAGUUUAGCAAAAGAGGUGCAUAAAUAAUCAAUGCAUGAUGUUUGAGGUGAAUGGGAGAAGGGUACCAAAACAGGAACACUUGCUCGGGUAUUCUUUUUUAUUAAAUCAAAACGUAAAAUGUGUAUCCGUGUUAUAAACAAUGAUUUGUAUUUAUUUUGAUGAUUGUUUUAUUUGUGUAAUAUUUCUAUUUUUCUUUCCAGAAUGAUUUAAGUUACAUUGUGGAUAUUUUUAUUUUAUUGACAUGUAUUAUGUACUGUAUUUUUAGAAAUUUUAUUUUUAAAUAAAAAUAAAAAAUUCUGUUUUUC